CUCUGGCGGUGAUUGUGCAGACUGUCUCUAGUGCUGCUGUCCGCUUUCAUUUACGCCGUGGCUACAUCAGCAGUAUGACUACUAUCUAACACACCUGCUGAGGAUCUCUGCCCUCCUGGACAAAACACAUGGACACAGACACAUUAAGACAGCAUGGGCUCCAGACUGAAACAAAACCCUGAUCGAACCUUCUACUGGUUCUUUGAAGCCACUUGCCCCAUAGCCAGAGACAAAGAUCCUGGUGUACAGAUUCAGUUUCCAGAAGACUUCAGUGAUGAGGAGACUUAUCAAACAUUACCCAGGUUCUGCUUCCCGUAUGACAUACAAAGAGUGAGGGAUGGAGUGGCCGUGCAGCACUUUACUUUUGUUUUGACUGACCUUGAGGGAUGCCAACGGUUUGGCUUCUGUCGUCUCACCAACAGCACACAUACUUGCCUUUGCAUACUCAGUUAUCUUCCAUGGUUUGAAGUGUUUUACAAACUUCUCAACAACUUGGCUGAUUACCUUACAAAAGGACAGACCAAUGAGAUGAAAGCGCUACUGGCUGCCCUCUACAAGCAGCCCCUGCCACUGGCAGCUGGAUCUGUCACUCUGCAGAUGGGAGAGCAGCUAUUGGUCAGCACAGAGGUGUCUCAUCCAGUUGGACACCCAGAGGGACAAAAGGGGGUUCCAUACUUCAUCGCUCCAGACCCCAGAAGUCUCCCUUCCAUCCCUGAAAAUAGGAACUUGACAGAGCUGAUUGUGGCAGUAGACGUGGGUAACCUGCUCCAACUCUAUGCCAGCAUGCUGUUUGAGAGACGCAUCCUCAUCUUUGCCAGCAAACUCAGCACUCUGACAUCUUGCGUGCAUGCGCUAAGUGCUGUGUUAUACCCCAUGUACUGGCAACACAUCUUCAUCCCUGUCCUGCCACCCCACCUACUGGACUACUGCUGUGCACCUAUGCCUUACCUAAUAGGGGUCCACACCAGUCUGUCUGAGAAGGUGAGGAGUCGUGGGUUGGAGGAAGUUGUAAUUCUGAAUGUGGAUACAAAUACUCUGGAAACCCCCUUUGAUGACCUUAAGAAGAUACCUUCAGAUGUGAUGGCUGGGCUGAAGGUGUGUUUGAAGCGUCAGGCGGUAUCUCCUGGUUGCGGCGUCUCAAGGGCCUUCCUGAAAGCGCAGGCUCUGCUGUUUGGAGGCUACAGGGAUGCCCUGCAGGGUCAGAAGGAGGGUGAAAUGUGGUUCAGUGAGGAGCUGUUUCUAGAUCACAAGUCUUCCAGUAUGAGGCACUUCCUACAGAGUGCCAUUCAUUUACAGUUCUUCAAACAGUUCAUUGAUGGCCGCCUUGAUAUUCUGAACAAAGGGAAGGAACCAGAUGACCUCUUUGAGGAGGAGAUCCUAAAUUGUGAAACAACUGCAGGGAGAAGCAAAUCUUAUCAACAGUUAGUUGGUAAUUUAAAGAAGGGUGGAGGAGCGCUCAUUCUUAACAUGAAGUCCAAAGCAAACAUAAAGGCAAAAGGUCUUGCCAAGUCUGGGUUGAAAAACCUGCUGAUGCACAAGACUCACAAUGAAGAACACAGCCUUCAGAGAGGAGGCUCAGUGUCACACCGGCGUGCCCAAUCUGACUGCUUGCAGAACCGCCUGCCAAUCACACAACACUUUGGGAAGUCACGUCCACGUCGGCCUGUUCACAAACAUAGGGCUCCCAGAGACGAAGAAGACAUGAAGGACACUGGAAAUACAUGGGACGGAGCUGUGUCUCGGCCUGUGGUCGACCCUGACUCUGAGCUCCAGAGGGAUGCAGAAGAGGGGGAAGAGUCACCGCUGUGUGACCCGGAGGAGAUGGAUCUGCUUGGGGAGAUCUUUGACACUCUCAGCUCCCGGAGCUCCCAUGAACGCGGCCUGCUGUACGGCACUCGUAGCCUGGAUCUGUUUGGACCAGACAGUCAUGACUAUAUCAUGAAACGCGGUUUUCCAGCCAACCCCAGCCAGGAGAACCUGUCUCUGUCCAUCAGCGGCAGUGGAAGCCUGCACAGCUGGAACCUGGAAACCACAGAGGAGCUGUCAGACCUAACGGAAGACACUGAUUGGCUGUGCCUGGACAACAGCGUACCAGAAGAGAAAGGGACGGACAGUCUGCUGGCAGCGUGUGACCUAGAGGAGCAAGAGAGCGGACCAAGGGAAGUCAGAGAGAAACAGGAAGAAGUGAAGGUAGAAACAAAUAAGAACCAAGAAGAAGAAAUAGAUGACAGAAAUAACUUUAAGGAAGUGAAGGCAGAGGAAGAGAGAAAGAAAGAUUGUCAGGAAAAUAGUGUGAGUUUAGAGGAGGACCCUGUGAAAGAAAUGGCUGAGAAGCGGGAGGAUGAAGAGUUGAAAGAAAAAAAGGAAGAUGUGCAAAAUCAGAAUGUAGUGGUAAUUGGGGCACAUGAGAGAGAAGAGGGAACAUAUGACAUUCUGAAGGGCGUUACAAGAGAAGAAGAGGAAAGAGAGAACCAGGAGGAGGAAGGUAAAGGUGUGACAGGAUCUUUAAACAAACUGACAGAACUGAGUCCCCAUUAUCCCAAUGCUGCAGAGCAACAGCAAGGACAGGAGGACAAUCUCACACCUUCAGGGCCUCAGAGUCCCAUUGUUGACGCUGAACCUCCAGCAGGUCAGGAAAAAAGGAGUGAAGAAGCAGUGAAAAAAGAGUCGUGGGAGAUUAAAAAGUCCCCCACUCCUCCUAAAGUGCUGUCUACUGCUGCACGCUUCCAGUCUCAGGUGCAUAGCCAGGGCUUUCCGGUGAAGUCCAGGGCCAAGGAAUUUGCUGAACCUGGGAGACCGUGCAACAUGUUUCGGAGCAGGGAGAAUGCACAAACUCACCACUCGCCAUGUGACUCGCAUAUAUCAGAAGAGAACAACCGCUCGGAGGGGCACGAGGAGGAAGAUCUGCCUUCAAUCAAAGUGUCUGAACUUAAGAAGAAAUUUGAAGCUUAAAGCAGGAGUCUGGUGACAUUCUAGUAUUACUGUUUGAUGACAAAAAAGAGCAAUGUGUUCACUGUCUUAAUAUUUUCCUAUUUCUCCUGCAUUGUCUGUGACUCAGCCCCAAGCCUGUUUGUCUCUGAAGAUCUUCAGUAUCUAAAUUCAGUCAAUAAUGCAUUUAUUGGGGACUAUUUUCAGCCACAGAUUUGGUGUGCUGGUGAAUCUUUUUCUGCAAAUGUUGUUCAAUAGUAGGCCUUUCUAUGGGAUUUGUUGACAAUAAGAAAAACAUGAAACAUCACCAGACUUAUCCUCAGGGACAGAAACAGGCUGGAAAGUCACCUUGUGAAGAUUUAGCAAAUAUUUAAACUGAUUUGUGUUUGUUUGAAUAUUAUAUACUUGACUGGUAAAUGACUGGAGAAUUGCACUUAAAAUGAAUGGCAACUAGGCAACAUGGUUCAAAUAAAGAAAUACAUUCUCUAACAGUGA